CCUCCGGCGCCUCUCCGCCCUCCGGGCCCUCCUUCCCAGCCAAAGUCUUAGAAUAAGUUUGGGGCCAGCGGGGCGGUCGGUCGGCGGUUCCUGGAGCGAAGGGGCUGCUCGUGGCGGCUCCGCUGAGGUUGUCCGCAGCACCCCUGACCAUGGCGUCGGCCGAGCUGGCCCAGAAGUUGCAGCGCCGGUUGCUGCGGGACGGGAGUUACUCGGAGUCGGAGCCCCCUCCCGAGAAGGACGAAAAUGAAGCGGGAGUCGCCCUGGGAGAUGCUGCGGCGAUGGGCUCCGAGGCCAGCAAUGGAGACUCGGACCAAGACCGGAGCGCGGUGAGCGCCGCUGCUGACCCGGAGCUAAGUGCGAAGUUGAGCCGCCGGCAAGACAUCAACGCGGGCACAGCUCGGCCCCGCUUCGCCCAGAUCUUCAAUCCCUACACCGAGUUUAAGGAGUUCACCCGCCGGCAGAUCAAAGACAUGGAGCGCCUGUUCCGACUGUAUGACUCGGGGAAGGAUGGUUACAUUGACCUUAUGGAGUUGAAGCUGAUGAUGGAGAAGCUUGGUGCUCCUCAGACUCAUUUGGGCUUGAAGACCAUGAUCAAAGAAGUAGAUGAAGAUUUUGAUGGCAAACUCAGUUUCCGUGAGUUCCUUCUCAUUUUUCACAAAGCUGCAGCUGGAGAGCUUGAAGAAGACAGUGGUUUGAUGGCUUUAGCUAAACUCUCUGAGAUUGAUGUUGCCCUUGAGGGGGUAAAAGGAGCCAGAAACUUCUUUGAAGCAAAGGUCCAAGCAUUGUCUUCAGCCAGUAAGUUUGAAGCUGAGAUCAAAGCAGAGCAGGAUGAACGGAAGCGAGAGGAAGAGGAGAGGAAGCACCGCAGAGCAGCUUUCCGAGAGCUGAAGUCAGCCUUCAGUCAAUAACCGAGGCAGUGUUUUGCCACCUACAACUGUUGUACAUUCUUACAAGCUGUGCUGUAGACUGGACACCCACCUCAAGAGGACCUGUAAUAGAUGAAGCUCUUUUUUCAAAAAAUGAACAUCCAGCCAAGCUGCUUGAGGAUAUGCCACACAGCAUAACAUUUGUUUCAUUCUGAAUGCCAAAAAUGGUUCAGGGGACCCCAUCACUGUAAUGGGCAUGGCCUAGAACAGGGGUAGGGAACCUGCGGCUCUCCAGAUGGGCUGAUAGAAUUGUAGUUCCUGAACAUCUGGAGAGCCGCAGGUUCCCUACCCCUGGCGUAGAAGAAUUAAAAUAGUCUAAUGCUGAAGUCUGAGGGAAAAUUGGAGCAUCUAAUAAGUAACAGUGGUACUAAACAAGUACAUCUUGGUCAGAAAAUACGUAGAAAAUUUCAGCUUACUCUUUUUAUUCUGAAUGUUCCUGCCUUAUAGUUGUAUAACUUCGUUAGGGUUCCUUUCUGUGUAUCUUUUAGCUCCUUAAUUUCCCCAAACCAUUUAAUGCUUCCAAGGGACCAGGGGCUUCUUUUAGAUGUAAACAGUAUUUCUUUUGUGUGUCAGACCCGUGCCCUAGCAAGGAGGCUUCUAGAGCAGUCCCAUUAGUGAGGGUAGGGGGAGUGCCUUUUUAAAUAAUUUUGCUCUGAAACAAUUCUGUUCAAGGGUACAAGCAGCCACUGACACCUUUUCACACGUGCACAUAAAUGACUGCUCUAAGCAAAAAAAAUUGUCCUAUUAAUAGAUUGUCUGAUUCUGCCUCUCUGGUCAAAUUCCAUUGCAUCUUUGGUGUUGGGUACACAACCUCUUUCUGGUUUAAGUGGAAGUAACACAUCUGUCAGUAAAGUGGAUAAGUGACAUGGCCCAUCAAUUGUCCAGCUCUGGAAAACUUCUACCCUCUUGUGGCCAUGUGUGAAAAAGCAACUAUUUAGCGUUUUAAAUUGAAAUUGCCAGUUCUUCUUGGCAGUAUUUCUGCUUGGAAAGGGAAACAGCAUUUAGUUUCCAAAACAAGGAAUUGUCAUGUUAAUAUUGUCCAACUAGCUUGAACUAUAUUCAGAACUGACGUGUAUGUAUGCGUGCAUAUAUACAAGAGGAGGAUGUCAAUUUCUUCAUCAGUUUUGUUUUCAGUUCAUGUAACACAUACCAUAGUUAGUUUUUAUUUUCACUUGAGUUUUUAGCUUCUUACACUGUGACACUAAACUGUGAGUGUAGAAUAGUAAAAGGGAGUCCAUCUUAUAUUAAACAUUGAGUGGAAGAACUGCUAAACAAUUAAAAUUUUAUUUGCAAGGCCAUAGAUUAUAUUUGAUAAAAAAAUCACACUUUUUAGCUUAAAAUAUAUUUAUAAUAAAGGUUUUUACAAAGUUUGAAUUAUUUUUUUCUCUUCUGUUCCAUAGUUAUACAAAUAAAACAUUUCUAACUUGCCA